UCAGUUCAGUGAAGAUAUGAUUCCUACUGUGGGCUUCAACAUGAGAAAAGUUACAAAGGGUAAUGUUACAAUAAAGAUUUGGGAUAUAGGAGGGCAACCACGAUUCCGAAGCAUGUGGGAGCGAUAUUGCAGAGGAGUUAAUGCUAUUGUCUACAUGGUAGAUGCUGCAGAUCGUGAAAAAAUUGAAGCCUCUCGAAAUGAGCUGCACAAUCUUCUAGAUAAGCCACAGUUACAAGGAAUCCCUGUUCUAGUACUUGGAAAUAAGAGAGACCUUCCUAAUGCUUUGGAUGAGAAACAGCUAAUUGAAAAGAUGAACCUUGCUGCUAUUCAGGACAGAGAAAUCUGCUGCUACUCAAUUUCUUGCAAAGAGAAAGAUAAUAUAGAUAUCACGCUUCAGUGGCUUAUUCAGCAUUCAAAAUCUAGAAGAAGCUGAAGUCUUCCUGGAAUCUCCAGUACCAGUUGGCCAUAAUUUCAAUUGUCCACUUCCCUCCAUAAUGAGAUAUUACCCAAAAAUCCUGUAUCAAGAAUCUGCCUUUUCAUGGUUCAUUUCUCAUGUGCACUGCUGAAGACUUGUAUUCCUAUUCUGUCACAAAACAACUAGAGUUGUCAUGAUAAAGUCAGCACAAAUAUUUAUUUUACAACCAUGUAUGGUGGGAGGGUUGUCGGGGGGGGCUUUUUAAAAAACAAAUCUCUCUACCAUGUUAACAAUGAUGGUACACUGUUCUGGUUUUUCAGGGCCAGGUUUUUAUAUGAUUUUCAGCAAGUGUUUUAUUUCUAGUGUUUAGUGGCUUGAAGAUGCUGAUGCUUGACAGCAUUAAGAUUCUGUAAGAUGCCACAUACAGUAGUUAGAAAACAUUUAAGCGUGAGUUGUGAGAUACUGAUUUAUCUCACAAAUGCAUGUGAUGUGUGUAUGUAAGCAGAGAAUUGGAAGCUGUUUGCAGAGGGGAGCACAAGGCAUAGAUCAGCAUCACUAAUCUACAGCUGAGAUCUUAUCCUGACACUUGAAAAAGAAAAAUCUCAUGAUGAAUUAGGGAAGAGUUAACUGUUUAAAAUCAUUUUGUUGCUUCUGUUUAACAUUUGUGUGGGGGAUGGGAAUGGACUGUUCUGUCAAGCUGUCAAAAACUGGAGUAUUCCAGCAUGAAAACAAAUAGCUAGGAACAUCAGACUUUGUUCAAAUACAUUUUUCUAUCUACAGAUACUAGUGGUCUCUAUUUGAAACCAGAACACACAUUCUGAGCAGCUGCAUGACACUUAAAUUACUGAUGUUUUUGUAUAGAGUCGGUUGUUGACCUGUAGCACAAUAUCUAUGUAAUUGUCUAGUGUCUCUCCUGCUCAUGAAAUGGCUGGGUACAGUUUCACCUGGUGCUAUGGAACACCUAGGCUAUUGUGACAACUCUAGACCUGCCUGCUUUCUUGAUGUAACCAUGUGCAAAGUCUGUAAGUUGCAAGAUGAAACGUUCUACUGUGUCAAAGCACAAGAGAGCCAAUGACUUGAUCCUGUUUCUUGACUAGCUCCUAUGGUAUAGGGAAGUAUAUAUAAACUGAAGAUUGUAAUGUCCUUGUAGCUUUACUUUCUCAAUGACUUCAGCCUAUUUAAAGGGACAGACUUACUAAGACUGGUUUGUUCAUACAGUAAUGUCAGUGUAGCUUCCUAGUGUAUGCAGAUACAUGGUACACCUGCUUGUGUUGCCUCACACUGUGUGUGAUUCUUCACCUAAAUGUAGAGUGUGCAUUAUGUCAGUCUUUAGUUGGAAACACUGUUUAGCCCAUAUCAGUUGUGACAAGCCAGUUUUAAUUUGGACUGCCAUGGCCUUACUGUUCUGUACCGACUAUCGCACUGUUGCACAGACACUACCUGCUGCCUGCAUUCAGUCUGAACUUGCAUUUUAACUUUUUGUCCCCUUUCAGUUCUCUGAAGCAUGAUUUCAAUUAAUUCAUACUCUGGUGCUGUAGAGGAGAGGGUAUAUUAACUUGCUGCUGUAGUCCUUCACCAGGAACUGCUACAGUUACUUUAUUUAGCAAACUUGCUUGUGCCUAAAAUAAGGAAACUAAACUAGAAUGUGUGAAUCUUUGUGGGGGACCAGGUCACUGUUUAGUUAACUGGCCUAUAGCUAAACUUGAUGUGUUUGGUGUUUAUAUACUUCACUGCUUUCAGCGUUUAUGGCAUCCAAACACUACCAAUUGUUAACUUGUGCAUUACUCUCUGCAUGUGAACAACUUAUACAAUUACCGAACUUUGUAAAUACGUGAAAUUUUUUAUUUAGGUGGAUGCGUAUGUUGGUUUACUGCUCUUCAGCUUUAUUCAAUAAACUUAUGUUUUGAGGGUUGUAUUGACACUU